AUGUCCACCACCUUAUCGCGCCCCCAGGAGAGCACUGUCCUGAGUGAGUCCUGGAUAGUGCCAUCGGUACCAUCGCUUCCCGACGAGGAACAGCAAAAUGACAGUACCGAAAUAGACAACCCGGAUCCGCGACAACAAUCAGAGACAAACAAGGAGGAUGAUCCAAACACAAUGGGUAGUUCUGGGUCGUUGAUGUCGGGGCCAGAGCUUAUUAUGCCGUCGAUAUGUGAGGAGCCGAUUUUAAUGUCGCACGUACGGUCAGGACAAUCUUCUCCGUCAACUUCGCAGACGUUGAAGCGAAGGCGUACACCGAAGAAGAAAACGGAGGAUCGUGAGGAUACACAUAUACCAUCUGAGCCGUCUGUGAAGGAAAAUAUGAGGAUACCAAAGAACAAAGCAGAUAGUCAGGCCUCAGGCUGGACGUGGGAAAGGCCCAUCCGCGCCAUAACCAACCUGCUCCUCAUCGCAGCCAUCUCGCAUCUGCUCGUCGUCCCCGAAGUGGUCUACCAUUCCCGACACCUCUGUGCGAUCCCAACCAUUCCCGCUCUCUAUCCCACGAGCUGUUCACAACUAUCCCAUCCCCGUCACUACAACCACCGCCCACCGCCAACCCGCUACGACUCCGUCCUCUCCCUCCAAACCCAACUCGAAAUCCUCUUCAACUCGACUCUUGAAGAAAUCGCCCCCUACGCAAACAGCCUCCCUGAAACCGAGUCCAUCCUCCGCGAUAUUCAAACCGCCAUGAAACAAGUCCAGUCGGGGCCGCGGCACGAACUCACGCUCGAAUUCGACGGCUGUCGACAAGCACUCACUACGGCGACGCGUAAACUCGAUUCUCUCAAGGCAGACCUUCGCUCUGCGGUCGAUAGUCUAAUGGCGACGGGGGGGUUGCCACAGGACAGCCAGAAUCAUCAUCACCGUGUCGCGAAGGAUGUCCGGCUGUCGACGCAGAUGGCUAGACGGGAGAAAUACCUCGACCAGCUGGCGGCGCGGAUGCGGUUGAAGACGGACUCGUUGACGGGAGAUUUUGCGACGGUGGCUGAUCAUCUAGAGUCGCUUAAGCGGAUUGUAGCGCAGCAGGCUUUAUUGCAAUCUCCGUCGCACGAUGAUGAGGCUGGUUAUGAUGAGUCGAACGUGUUCAAGAAUGUACGCUCUUUUGUCGAUUCGAUAAUUCCCGAUUGGAGGCGAACAUGA